AUGAAUGUUUCAGGGGCGUACUUAAGACAUUAUACUGGAGUUCCAGGAGAGGCUAAGGGACCGUCGGUUAAAACUUCAAUUAUUCCAGGACCUGCUUCACAAAAAUUAUUAGAAUCUCUUAAUGAAGUUCAACAAUGCAAUUCCGUACAGUUAUUUGCAGAUUAUAACAAAUCCCUUGGAAACUAUUUGGUUGAUGUGGAUGGAAAUAUUUUAUUAGAUGUAUACACUCAAAUAUCAUCCGUUCCCAUAGGAUACAAUCAUCCGGAAUUAUUGAAAAGCAUGGAAAAACUUGAAAAUAUAAAAGUCAUGAUCAAUAGACCAGCUUUGGGCGUCUUCCCCGGUGCGGAUUGGCCGGAAAAAUUAAAACAAGUAUUAAUCGGUGUAGCGCCAAAAGGACUGGAUCAUGUCACCACCAUGUCGUGUGGAUCUUGUUCUAAUGAAAAUGCAUACAAACAAAUUUUCAUUUGGUAUAGAAAAAAUCAAAGAGGAGAAAAUAUUACCUUUUCUGAACAGGAGAAAACAUCUUGCAUGAUAAAUUUACCACCGGGAGCUCCUCAACUUUCUAUGCUGUCCUUUAAAGGAGCUUUUCACGGCCGAACAUUGGGAGUACUAUCCACGACUCACUCCAAAUACAUUCAUAAAAUAGAUAUUCCCGCUUUUGACUGGCCCAUUGCUAAUUUUCCAAAAUAUAAAUAUCCAUUGGAAGAAAAUGAAAGAGAAAAUGCCGAAGAAGAUGAGAAAUGUUUAGCCCAAGUUGAAGAUUUAAUUGUUAAAUAUGAAAAAAAAGGAAUUCCCGUCGCUGGAAUUGUAAGCGAACCGAUUCAAGCAGAAGGAGGUGAUAACGAAGCAUCUCCAUAUUUUUUUCAAAAACUUCAAAGAAUCGGUAAAAAAUAUGGAGCGGCUUUAUUGAUUGAUGAAGUACAAACAGGAGGAGGUCCAACUGGUAAAAUGUGGUGUCACGAACAUUUCAAUUUAGAUUCUCCACCCGACGUUGUGACAUUCAGUAAAAAAAUGUUUUUAGGAGGUUUUUUUCACAGCAAAGAACUCAAACCUGAUCAACCGUACAGAAUAUUUAACACUUGGAUGGGUGAUCCCAGUAAAUUACUUCUUUUAGAAACCGUUAUUAACGUCAUCAAAAGAGACAAUCUUCUUUCUCUCGUUCAAAAAUCUGGAGACAUAUUACUUUCGGAAUUAAAAAAACUUCAAAAUGAAUAUUCGCAUUUAAUAAAUUCUGCUCGAGGACGUGGUACGUUUUUGGCAAUUUCAUGCUCUUCUCCUCAGAUCAGGGAUAAAUUGGUGGCCAAAUUAAAAAUGGAAGGAGUUCAAGCUGGAGGCUGCGGAGAUCAAUCUAUAAGACUUAGACCGGCGUUAAUUUUUGCACCUCAGCAUGCCUACAUAUUUUUAGAUAAGUUUAGAACGGCUUUAAAAGAAACAAAGUAA